AUGAGGCUCCUCAACGCGAAAACCUUGGAGCUGAAGGAAUUCUUUGGUGGCUCUAUUCCGGAGUAUACUAUCUUGUCACACACAUGGGGCGAAGAAGAGGUGACGCUCCAGGAAAUAGUAGAGCGAAGAUGGUGGAAGAAGAGAGGGAUUAAGAAGAAGGCAGGUUUCAAAAAGAUUACCGGGUGCCAGCGUCUGACUCGUGAGCUGGGAUUGGAUUGGUUUUGGAUCGAUACUUGCUGCAUCGACAAGACAAGCAGCGCUGAGCUAUCCGAGGCCGUGAACUCAAUGUAUCAAUGGUACCAACGGUCCAGGAAGUGCUUCGCAUUCCUGUCUGAUGUGUCAUGGGAAGAUGGUCCGGUAUCAAAGAACUCGUCAUUUAGGCGUAGCCGAUGGUUUACGCGGGGAUGGACCCUUCAAGAGCUUUUGGCCCCCACAUUCCUUGAGUUCUAUGAUCAAGCGUGGGUCUCGUUGGGCUUCAGAGACAGCCAAAGACUUACUGGCAUCAUCAAGGAGAUUACGGGAAUUGGUGGUGAGAUCCUUGGGGCGAGCUUCAAAGAUCAGCCCGCAGCUACCAUCUUUUCCUGGGCUUCGAGGCGGAAGACCUCCCGGCAAGAAGACAUGACGUACUGCCUUCUGGGGCUCUUGAAUAUCACUAUGCCUUUGCUAUACGGCGAAGGAAAUAGAGCUUUCGCGAGGCUGCAAGAAGAACGACUAAAACAGCGACAUGAUCAGACGUUAUUGGCAUGGGGGCUGGACGAUAAACUG